AUGUCGAUAGUUGAGCUUAGAAUUGCUGUAAAAAAUAUUCCUUCCUUGGAUAUUUUAUCACAAUCUGACCCACAAAUAUUCUUAUUCUUGCAAAAAUCAUAUGGAAUAUGGGACGAAUAUCCUCACUGUAAGACGGAAAUAAUAAAAAACAAUAGUAAUCCAAGAUUUGCAACGCCUCUUAUUCUGGAUUAUCAUUUUGAGGAAUUGCAAAGAAUUAAACUAAUUGUUGUAGAUGUUGAUAAAUUUGAUAAUCCAAAUUGGCAGGCACAAGAAUUUGUGGGUGAAUUCAUUACUGAUCUUGGUUCUAUUCUGGGUAGACAAAGAGGAAUUAUGCAGGGCAACCUCACUAGGCGUGUUGGAGAAAAACGUGGUGAAAUUAUUAUUGCAGCCAGAGAAGUACGUGGCGAAAACAGUAGAAAAUAUAAGUUUAAUAUAUCUGGUUAUAAUAUCCCUAUUUCAUCUUUAAUCACAAAAGAGAAAACUUAUUAUGAAAUUGUUCGAAUAAUAGAAGAAACCGAAUUUUCAGUAUAUCGAAGCAUUUCAAGUAGCUCUAAAAAUCCUGAAUGGGAGCCUAUGUUCUUGUCUGAAAAUGAUUUAUGGAACAAUGUUAAUAAUAGUGAUAAAAUAGGAUUCAAGUAUUUCAAGGAUGGACGAAAAAAUCCCAAGUUACUAUGUAAUAAAAUUUGGACGAUUGAUGAUUUUAUAAAAAAUGCGGGUACUUUACAAAGAAUUAUUUUUGAAAAACAUGGUGAAAUUCGAUUAUCAUAUAAAAAAGAAAAAACAUUCUUAGAUUAUAUUGAAGGCGGACUUGAAAUACAAUUAAGCAUAGCUGUAGAUUUUACAGCAUCAAAUUUUGAUCGUGGAAUAGAUCUUCAUGGAUUAAAAUCCAAAAAUUCUGAAUAUGAACGUGCGAUGCAUUUAGUAGGUACCAUUUUAGAAAAAUAUGAUUCAGAUGGUCAUAUUCCAGUAUACGGUUUCGGUGGAGAAUUUUAUGAAAAUUCUACAGUAUCUCAUAGUUUUUUAUUAACAAGUGGUGGAUCUUCUCAUAAUACAGGAAUUUCUAGAGCUAUUGACAUUUAUAAACAUAGUUUGCAAAAUGUUAAUUUAUCAGGCCCUACAAAUUUCUCCCCAAUCAUACAAACAAUUUCUAAUAAUUUAAAGGAACUAGUGUCGAUACAGAAUAAUGUAUAUGGCAUCCUUCUUAUUAUUACCGAUGGUAUAAUUUCAGAUCUAAACAAUACAAUAGAAGCUAUUAUGAAUGCUACUAUUUAUCCUCUUUCAAUCGUAAUUGUAGGCGUAGGAAAUGCAAAUUUUAAUGCUAUGAAAUUAUUGGAUGAUGAACUAUUAAACCGUAAAUGGGAUGUUAACUUGCAACCUCGAGAUAUUGUUCAUUUUGUCAGGAUGAAUGACUUUAUACGGGGUAAGAUUAAUAUAGAUCUGCCUAAGGCUGUAUUAAAAGAAAUUCCAGAUCAAAUUAUGGAAUACAUGAAGAUUCAUAAUAUUGAACCUAAAAGAUUGAAAAAACCAGACAUAUAUAAUGAAUUAUUCACUUCAUCGCCACCGCCAUACACAACAGAAAAUAAUUCUUAA